GUCAGAUUUGAAACUCAAAGAUAUUAUUUCAAAAAUUGUUCACAUCAAAACGAAAUUUUAAAAUAAUGCAAUACAAUAAUUUCUUUCAUUAAUUUUUGGACGCGAUAAUUUAGCUCUAUAUAUAAUUGGCCAUGUGAGAGAUCUUCUCUUCCACAACUUCCAAACACCAUUUAAAUCCCCUCUCAUUUGGUUUCUUGAGAUUCUUGCAAACAAAGCUUAACGGGCGUUAGUAUUCACGGUGAGAAAAUGCCUUGUCUUUACAUUACAACAAACGUCAAUUUUGACGGCGUUAACACCGAUCCGUUCUACUCCGAAGUCACCAAAGCCGUCGCUUCCAUCGUCGGACGACCUCAAAACUUAGUGAUGGUGGUGUUGAAGGGAUCAGUAGAGAUAGUAUUUGGAGGGAACAAAGAAGCAGCUGCAUAUGCAGAGAUUGUGUCAAUGGGAGGCAUCACCAAACAAGUUAAGAGAGAACUCAUAGCGACCGUUGGUUCUAUUCUUCACACUCAUUUUUCUAUUCAUCCCACUCGUUUUAUCUUUAAAGUUUUUGAUAUUAAUUCUUUGCCUCUUCCUUCUAAACUUUAGUGUUAUGAUCUUUGUAUUGUUCAUCAAACACAAAUUAUAUACAGACUCACAUGUUAUUCUUUUCUUUAUGAGUCUUCUCUAUUUUUAUGUUUACAAAUCUUUUACUAUUAUAUCAUCAUUCAUGUAGAUCUUGACCCUAUAAUCUUAAUAUAAAACUUGAAACAAAACAUACCGAGAGAUGUCCUAAUCUGAGAGACAUAGACUAAGUCUUUGGACUUGUAAACUUAAUAUAAA